CAACAAUAGUCGUGUCUGCAAAUAAACGGGGCAUUGCGGAGAGACACAAGGUGUUUGGACUUGAAGGAAGGCACCAUGCAGGCCAACAUCUUCCCAUUCUAUCCUCAGCCCAGGACACCUUUCAAGUUUGACACCAAAAUCAUUGAAAUCAUUAUUAUCUGCAUUGUCACUGCAUGUACUUUUAUCAUAAUACUUCCCGGAAUUAGAGGAAAAUCAAGAUCAAUUUGGCUUUUGAGAAUAUUAACAAGUCUAUUUAUUGGCGCGGUAAUUUUAGCUGUUAAUUUCACUAGUGACUGGGAGAUGGGAACUAUCACUGCUACAACUGUAUACAAGUCUUUCAGCCAUUCCAUGUUAAAUGCCAGCAUUGGACUCUGGAUCGGCCUAAAAGGGCUAAACAUCACUCUUAUAGGAAAUCCUGAGUACCAACUUAAUGAGACCAUAAACUACAAUGAGGAAUUUGCCUGGGAAUCUGCAAACCAGUUUGAAACUAGUUACAAAGAUGCCUUAGAAAGAGGACUCCCAUUUCCAAUUGUUUAUGUUGCUGAAAAAUUCACUAUUAGCAGUGACUGUGGACUUUUUCAGCAGUACUGCAUUUCAACAUACUACUCAUCUGGAAUAAUGUGGAUAGCCUUCUGCUCAUGGAUUCUGUACAAUGUGCUCUUCUCCAUGCCAGUUAUACUGUAUGGUAUCUACAUGAUGUUUGUAACUGCCAUCUGCAUGUUAGUAUCCUUGAUAUCAUUUGCCAGUGUCAGAAAGGCGCCAGUGUGUAAUAUUCAGUUUGGAAAUUCUAUUCUGAAAACUCACUUUGGGGUUUCUUAUUGGUUGAGUUUAAUAACAGGACUGCUUUGCCUCAUCAUUAGCUUGGUACUUCUAUUUUUAUAUAAAACACAGCCAAAGGUUCUCCAGCUUAUCUUUAGCUAUGGUGAAGAAGAGGACCUCUCAAAUAAAUCAGAAAAUGAAGAGGAACACAGUUCAGCCCUAAGCUUAAAUGAGAUACUAUGAAUUGUGCUAGUACUUUCGAGACUCAAUGCACAUUAUGUUAUGAAGGACAGCAUUAUGGUAGAUGGAUUUUCUUCAGAAGAUGAUCACUCAUAUACUUUGCUUUUUUGACCCGCUAUUUUCUAGUUAAAACACCAAUCAGACAGUUCCUUGAGAUAAAUAAACUGCACGAAACUCAGAUUUAUAAAGCGCAGCUUUUACUUUGCUUUGGAAAAUAACUUUGUUGUGUGAAGUACAGAAGAAAAGAGAAGCUUAAAGCUACUUGAUCCUUAAGUGAUUUUAAGCAU